GUGACCGUCGUUUGUCAGUUUUAAGCCUUUUACGCUACAGACGGCAUUCCAGAGCCGAAAACAAAAUAAGAGUGCGUAACCAAAAAGCGAGCGAAGCGUCAAUAAGGGCAGGUUGAAACAGUCACCGCGGGAGUUUGAAAACGGAACGGGACCCCGACACCACAGGAGCAUCGAAUGGUCUGCCGGCAUUACAUCCGCUUACAAUGAUGGACACCUCACAGACAUCGUCUCCACCAAAACGCAGCAGCAUACCGAUACCGAGGCGGAAAACUUCGCUCCACCUGUACAUCACCGGUGGUGGUGGAUGUUCAUCCUCGAACUCAUCGUCAAACGUCGGUUCGGCUACGGCUUCGGUGAAUGACGAUGAACCGGUGUUCACGCGUGGCAUGCUCAGUUCAUUCGUACAACCCGAUUCACCCCCAAGCCGUGGUGGAGCCGUAGAAACUGAGUCUAAUGAAGUGUCCACUGUGCCGGUCGAGUACGGUCAGCUGAAGGAGAGCCACAGCCGGUGGGUGGAAAAGUGCGAAAAAUUAACGAAACGUAACGCGUUGCUGGAGCAAUCGAACGAACAGCUCGGCCACAGCAUGAAGCAAACCGUAGGCGAUCUGGAGCACUCGCGGCGUAUGCUGGCCGAGUUUACGGAGAAAAACCGACGCCUUCGGCGGAAGCUGUCCGAAAUCAUUCCGGUACCGGCCACCGGCGAAGGACCGACGGUCGAGAGCGACGAUGAUCAGGAUCCGAUGACAUUACGCGUCAUGCCUGUGAUGGAGGUGGAUGGAAAAUCGCGGGAACAAAACGCACCCGGCCGGGGCACGGAACCGGUGGAUAAUCUGCUGAACGAAAUGGAGAAACUCAAGUCCUACCUGAACAAUGUCGAGCUGCAGCUGUACGAGGCGAAUGAGAAAAUUUCCGAACUGCUCGAAAAUAAACAACAGUACGAAGAAGCCAACCAAAAGCUGCGCGAGGAGAACAACGAGCUGAACAAGGUGGCACGGAUGAUGUCGCGGAAUAUGCUGGAAUCAAUCGAUACCAGCAAGAGGCUAGAGAACUCCUUCAUCCAGGUGCAACGGGAGCGAGAUCAUCUGGUGCGUCAGAAUCGCGAUUCCGUUGAUUCGAAAACGAGCGAAAACGAGGAGCUCCAAAAGAUGCGCUCGGAAAUUGAACUGCAGCGGAAAACGUACGAAGCGCAGUUCAUCGAAUAUAAAAGCCUCAUGAGCGAGGAGCACGAGCGCAAAACGAACGAUCAGAUCAUUCUGCUCGAGCUGGAAGUCGAGCGGCUCCGGCAUCAGCUAGAUGAAGCGUUACAGCGUGCCGAUAGGGCCGAGAGCGAGACACAAGCAUUACGGCAACAGCUCCGUGUCAGCCGGUUCCGGGAACGGCAAGGUUCACUUCCGGCUUCCGGUUCUUUUGCCGAGCUGCUUGACUACGACGACCCGUUGGUGGGUUUGCUGGACGAGUGUAGCCUUGCUGGUGGUUCCUCGCACGCCUCAGCACCAGCCGUGUCUCUUGCCCCUCCACCACCACCACCACCACCGCCACCGCCACCGGCUCCGCCAAUGCCAGCUAACACCUCCUUCGCUAACAGCAAGCACCUAAUCUCACCGGCCGGUUCCGAGCGAGCGCUGGGCUUGAGUGAGGCGAUAUCGCAGCAGAAAUUAAAUCACGUAGCAAUAACGAAUGUAAAUAGCCAGCACGCGGCAACAGGUCUAGAUUCGGUGAUUGCCGACAUCAAGAGUGGCAAGGUGACGUUGAGGCGACGCCGACCCCACCCACCCAACCAUUCCACCGGCGAUGACACGACCGGCACCAGCAGUAACAGUAUUAGAGAGAGCCAACGGAACUACAACCAGAUGGUGGCCCGCAAUCCCGGCCUGAAGGAGAUGUACGACAUCCUGGAGCGUAUGAAGCAGCGCAACCGGAAAUCGAAAAUUAUCGUCGAAUCGGAGCUGACCGGUCGGGGAGCGAUGAGUCCCGGCGUCCAGGACACCACCGAUGGACAGGAUCACGAGGCUCGGUCCGGGAAAACCCGGCUGGUUAUGGACGUAGUCGAUUUAUGAUGGUCUUAUGGGGUGAUGCCGGGAGUGUCCUGGGUUUUAAACCUGCCACCUAACUCACUACACGAUAACACGCAUUUAGCAUAGAGUGUUGAUCACCGAACGGAUCUUUACCAGAGUUUUAAAGAGUUUUCACUUGAUACUUACCCACUA